AUGGCGGAUGAUGAUUUGGCACAGAUCAGGGCAGCACGCCUGGCACAACUCAAACAACAGCAGGGCAGAGGAGGGUCAGGCGACAACGGCGACGAUGAAGAGAAGAGAAGAAAACAAGAGUCGGAAGCCCGAUCCCUCAUGCUGUCACAAAUCCUCGAACCAGAAGCUGCGGAUCGACUGGGGAGAAUACGCAUGGUCAAAGAGUCACGCGCCACGGACGUCGAGAACAGGCUGAUCAUGCUCGCACGGUCAGGUCAACUACGGCAGAAGGUCACCGAAGAUCAAUUGAAAGAGAUGCUGGCCAGUCUUUCCGAGCACGAGAAGCAGACGGGCCACACCAUGGAGAGCGUGAAAGUCGUCCGCAGAGGUGGAUGGGACGAUGAUGACUUGGACGACCUUCUGAAGGAUGUAUAA